CUCGGACUCCACCACGGACGCCUGCCGAACUGUUAUCGCAUGUCCUCGUAUGAGGUGAUCUGGAAGGUUGCUGGCGAAUCCUCGUUCACCUGUGAGGUUGUUUGUUGAUACAAAUAGAAGGCCAGUCCAACAAUUUCCUUACAAUCGCCAAGAUGGACCCCCCUACGAAGUAUAACCCGCCCCAACGAGGUCUCUUCAGUCGUCCUCUUGUGCUUGCUAUUCCAAUCCUUAUCGCAGGCUUCUUCUUGCGAUCGCCGUAUAUGAUGGCGGCCACUGCACCGGCAGAGAACACACCAUGGGCGGACGCCCCAAUCAAGCUCAUCACAACUCCUCAGUUUGAAACUAAGCAGACUGAUAUCUUCACGACCGGCGCAACCCACAUGGCAUUACUGCACAACUCAAUCUUCCGCGGUUACAACUCCAUUUAUCAGCAAGCUCCCCAUGUUCAACCGGCCGACAAGAGCGACUUCAUCGGCUAUGCUCUGACGUGGCACAAGUUUGUGAAGUCGCAUCACGAUGACGAAGAAGAGAAUCUGUUCACCAAAGUCGAGCAAGUUCUAGAUGACAAAACAAUUUGGGCAGAAACAAUCCAAGAACAUGAGGCAUUCCUGGGUGGCCUCGCCAAGUUCGAAAGUUACCUGAGGUCCCUGAACGCACCCUCAGCAUUCGAUGGCGCUGAGCUCCAGAAGAUCAUGUCGAGCUUCCAAGAACCGUUCGACCAACACUUCCACCACGAGAUUGUCACGAUCACAUCCCUAAAGGACCACCCCAAUUCACCGAAGCCUGGCUCCCCAGAAGAGGCUGCGGCUUCCGCGACCUUCAAGACAUGGGGUAAGAGCACCGUCACAAAAGCUGGCACUUUGGACGUGGUGCCCUUCUUCCUAUUGAAUCUCGACGGUACGGUGGAAGAUGGUUUGUGGGCAAAUUGGCCCCCUAUCCCGGCACCGAUCAAAUGGGGGUUGACCAACAUUGGUGGCUCAUGGCACGGCGGAUGGUGGAAGUUCAGCUCGUGUUCCAACGGCCAGCCUAAACAACUCUAUGCUCUGCAAUAGCUGUCGAUCUCAUUUGGUUUGCAGCUGUUUGAGGUCGCAUCUGGAAUUAAUACGAAUAUAUGUGUAAUAGGUGUUUGGUUGGGUUGCUUUCUGAUGAACAAGAUCGGCAUGUAGGAUAUUACGAAUAACCCGGACCCAGAACUAUUUACAUGUUGCAGCUCUUAAAUACAAAUGAUGCGAUCAGGAAUCGGCUGUUUAUACCUCUGCC